UUCGUGGAAGUAGUAUCAAGGUUUUAGUGUUAAUCCAACCCAGUUUUGGAAUUUGGCCAGCAAAGUUUUAGUGUUUAAGACUCGGGAUCUUCUGGCUGAACACUAGACGUUAAUCUAUUAAUCUAUUGUGAGGGGUUUUUUUAUAGUGUAUACUUGCAAAUAUAAUGCACCUACCAUUAAUAGCUUCUGGUUUGUUUUGGAUUCAAUUAAGUGUCGUUCGAAGUGGUACCGGUGGGACAGAAUGUGACGGCCCGAUAGAAGUACCUAAUACAUAUCGUAUAUUAAAUUCUACCGGUGAGAAUAAUGGUACUUUAACUGUUGGUGCUAUGUGGUAUUAUCAAUGUGUAGAAAGGCAUACACCUGUAUUAGGGGAUGCGUAUAGAAAAUGUUUACCAUCAGGGGAGUGGGAUGGAGAGGAUCUGGACUGUAAAGCCACUUCUUGUCCAGCAUUAUCUCGACCAGAUAAUGGAGCAGUAAUGUAUUUAUCCCUGGGUAUUGGUUCUAUAGCAACUUAUAUAUGUUUUGAAGGAUAUAUGGUUCGUUUUGGUGACACGUCUAGAACUUGUCAAAGUAACGGACAGUGGAGUGGACUGGAACCAAUUUGUGAAACUAUCAAGUGUCCUCAACCAGAUCCUGUAGAUCAUAGUUUUAUGGUAGUUGGUACAAAUGAGUAUAAUACAUAUGUAACAUAUACAUGUUAUCCUUAUUAUUAUGCUAUAAGAGGUAACCUAGAUAGACGAUGUACUGUGGCAGCUGUGUGGGAUGGUACUUUACCCUUCUGUGCAGAGAUUAUUUGUCCAACGCCAUUACCUAAGAAUCGAGCAAUCCCACGUUUCACUGGCCUGAAAUUCAAGGAUACUGUAUCCUAUGAAUGUGAACUAGGAACCUCAUUAAGUAGCGGAAACCAAACUAGAACCUGUAACGACCAUGCUGUUUGGAGCGGAGAACACCCAGUUUGUGACGAUAUAAGAUGUCCAGUCGAGCCCCCAGAUGUUCAGAACGCAACAGCCAUAACAAACUCUGAGGGCUUUGGAGCCAUGGCUACCUAUUCGUGUAACAAAGGACAUGUACAUGCUGGUGGAAAUUUUGUAUCAAUCUGUCAAGAUGAUGGAACUUGGUCUGAUAUUAAUUUAAACUGUACACCUGUUUAUUGUGGUGAAGCACCAUGGUAUGUGGGUGCUAAAUCUAAUGUAACUGGUGAGAUGUUUGGUGAUACUGCUGUAUUUGAUUGUUAUAUAUAUCCUGAUGACAAUAUAAUUUACUGGAUCAAGUUCUGUGACAGAGACGGAAACUGGGUUGGUAACGAUCCAGAGUGUACAGCUGGAUGGUACAAGAAAAGAUUUGAACCGGAACCAGUUGAAGCCGAGGGGUCAAUGUGGAUAGGAAUUGUCGUAUUGGGUAUUUUCAUCACCAUCAUACUUGCGAUCAUCGUUGUGGAUAUUGCUACACUGGGGCAUCACUUUGCUUAUCUUAAGCGUAACUUGCGGGACUUCAGAAAAACGGCGAAGAAGCAAGUCAGAAUCAUUCUGGCCCAACCCAGAUUGGUGAAAUUCUCAAAGCGUCUGAGACAUAAAAAGCUAGAUAACCACAAGUUGACAUCCAUUUCAUCAAUUUCAGUAAGAGCAAAUUCAGUUGACUCCCAUCAGCUCCCGGAUGUACACGUCACAGACUAAAUGAGCAGGCAAACCCGGAGUGUCUGGAGAAUUGCGAUUGGGUAACAAAACGACUUUUUUGGGGUUAGAUCUAUUUUAUAAGGCCAACUUCAAGUUUGGUCAAAGCUCACGAGAUGUAAAAAAUGACUAGCACUAAUCCCAACCCUAACCCUGGACCUAGCCCUAACGCUUACCCAAACCCUAACCUACAAUCUCGCCAACAAUAACGUGCACCAACCAACCGUAUUACAUCUCAGCAAUCUUUAAUAAUCUUGAGUUAGCCUUAAGAAUUAGAUCUUGCCCUUUUUUGUCCAGUCUUAGUGCAAUGCAGCUGCUGAUUCGUACACAGUUCCUAUCCCGACCCAUUAUAUCUUACAGAUUGGGUAGCAAAAUGGCACCCACUACCCCAGUUAGCCAGGCUCUCUGUGUGGGGCCUUGGGCAACACUAAAUAGUGCAUGAAAUAACUUUAACGUCCGCUUCCGCAAUGGGUUUAAUCUAUAUGUUUACUUAUGUAGGAUUGCAGGUUGUUAUUGUUGUAUAUAUUUACUCAAAAUAGCUUAGAAAAUUAACCUAUUUGAUUUAAGUCAAAAUAAAGUAUGGUAUUGGGUUUAUCUGAUGUGUUAUUUCUAUUAGAGAUGGGACAAGCCCUGUACAUUGAAUUUGGUUCCUAAAGACUAUUUAGUUUAAUUUUUGGCCUACAGUGUGACAGUUAAAGCAUAAAAAUGAUUACAAAUAAAUUGUGUAAUAAUGUCGUAAAUGUCGGUCAAUCAAUGAAUGUUUUCACUUUGGGACAAUCAAUGUUUUUACUUUGGGGCAUUCAAUGAUUGUUUUUACUUUUGGGCAAUCAAUGAUUGUUUUUACUUUGGGGUAAUCAAUGACAGUUUUUACUUUGGGGCAAUCAAUGAUGGUUUUCACUUUUAAUAACAAGAAUUAAUAAAAAAGAAUGAGACUUUAAUUUAUAAUGGCAUCAACUUUUAAAAUGUUAGAAACAAGAUUUUACAAAAAAGGUAAUAAAAAUGUUUUUAUCCA